GGGAGGGCAGGGGAGGGGGGAGGAGGAUUUGCAGCAUCGGAGGCCGAUUGGGGUGGGCGAGCGGAGCCCUGGUCACUUUGCCGAAGUGUCUGGCUGGCGGAAAGGAAGGCGGGCGCGAGAGCAGGAGGGCGCCACGGUCUCUCCACGCGAGCGGCGGCGGCACAGGCGCCUCUCCCGCCCCUGUCCCACCGCGCCCCGCCCCGCCGAGUCCUCGCCUGAAGCCCACCGCCCAUCCUCGCGCCUCGGGCCGCAUGCGCUUGAUGUUCGCGGAAUUCCGCUCCAAAGGCAGCCCCUUGCCAGACCCGGGAGGGGGAAAUGAACGCGCGCUGGCGGUGAACUGCGGCGAGGCCAAGCAGAUGGAAGCCACCGCUACUCACUUCAGCUUCUGCCAGAACCUUCUAGAACAUACUGUGUCAGCUGAGAACCUCAAUUACCACCUGCAGAGGAGCUCUGGCAGCAGCCUGACCUGGCACGAUGGGCGGAGUCAGAGGUCAGCGGGAGGGAGGACCAUCAAGCUGCUUCAGCAGCCAGGAACAGAAGGCUCCCAGGGCCGGUCCUACGACCACUAUGGAAUCUACCACACCAGCCCGACACUUGGGAGCCUGACCAAGCCAGUAGUGCUGUGGACACAGCAGGAUGUGUGCAAGUGGCUCAAGAAGCAUUGCCCGCACAAUUAUCUCAUCUAUGUGGAGGCCUUUUCGCAUCACGCCAUCACAGGUCGGGCGCUGCUACGGCUGAAUGCAGAGAAGUUGCAGCGCAUGGGGAUUACGCAUGAGUCCCAGCGACAGGAGGUUCUCCAGCAGGUGCUGCAGCUCCAGGUGCGUGAGGAGGUCCGCAACCUGCAGCUCCUCAGUCAAGAGACCAGCUGUUCUCUGGCUAAGAAUUCAUGCCACGCCAUGCCACAGCCACAGCCACUAGGACUAAUGAAACUCUGCCUUGUGGGAUCUGACCACAGUGUGAAAUUGUUCCCUUGACAAAAUCUUGGGACAGUUACCCUCUCCUGAGGGGACACAGAAGACUUCUGAAUCCGAGGACUUGGCAAAUGCUUCAUUACUUUCAUUGUACAAGCGCCUCUGAUCUCGUCUGGAUGGUCUCAUUAGAUUUCAUGGGCUGGAGCUGAUCUAGCUUGUUGGUUCCAGAGGCUAUGGUAUAAAUUCAGGAAUCCCAGGUUCAAAUCUUGCCUUUGCCAUGCGGUCAUUAGGUGGUCCCCCCCGCCGCAUCUGCAAUAUGGGGUUAACAGUACUGACCUACCUUACAGCAUUGUUGUGAGAGUUACGACAAGAUGUCAAGCAAAUUUGGUCAGAUACUUGAAUGCAAAAAUGCCAAAACAUGAUUUUUUAAAAAAGAUACUUUUUAAGGGCACAUCUUAUUGCUAAUUACUGUGGAUGUUUUCCCCAACAUUCAAACUGUCCCCUCUUUGCCAAGACCCUAGGGUAUUUGGGGAGGGGCAUUGCAAAGAGCGGCCAAUGCUCCAAGAUGCGAGCAUGGAUUGAUCACGAUGGCAGUAGGUGGUUCUGCAUGGACCAUGUCCUAGUCACAGAAGCAGCCUCUGUCAUUGGCCUCCUUGGGAAUGUUGGCAGGUCUGUGGCUCAGUGGUAGAGCAUCCAUUUUGCAUGCAGAAGGUCACAAGUUCAGUCCCUGGUGUCUUCGGUUGAAAAGAUCAGGGAGCAAGUAAUGGGGAAGAGGUCUCCUCGAGAGCCCGGAAGGGACAGUGCCCAGUGCUAGGUUUGAAGGACAAAUUCGUGGGCCUGGUGUAAGGCAGUUUCCUAAUGUCAACCCCCAUUUCCAGAACAAUAAUUUCAAUCCAGGUUUUCCGCAUCCUACGAUGCUUCGUGUAUUUUGACAAGUUUUUUUUUUAAUCUAUGAAAGAAGACCAACCAACCAACCACAGGAUCCCUGAAAAGGUGGUCAUAACGCCUCUCAUGGGAGAGGCAUCAGACGUUUCCUCUUUCCCCUACCCCCUGCUAAUACUGAUGCAUUACUUAGUGGUGGUUCACAUGCAGUAUCAUAGGAAUCCAUAGAAUGGGUGGGGAAUCUGUGGCUCUCGGCCUGAUUUCAUGCAAGUGGGGGUAGCCUGGGGAGAGAUGGAAGGAGGGUGGGCCUCUGGCAAGAGCCACCUGUCCCUCCCCGGCAACCUGCUGGGUGGGGAGGAAGAUGGAGAAAGAGAGAGGGAGACAGAAAGGGAGACGGGGUAUCAGAGGGAGAGAAGGAGGGAUAUCUGAAAGAGAGAGUAGAAAGGGGUGGCCUCAAAUACUUUUGGCUUUGGCCCCAUCCCCUACUAGCAUACACCCCCCAACAAAUUACCCUUAAGGGAAUAUGGCCCUCAACAUAAAAAAGGUUCUCCACCCACAACCAGAAAUGCCACAGUAAUCUGGCAAGUUGGAUUUCCGAAGUAGAUAUUGUUACUCUGCUAGUGGAGAUGAUUAUCCCAAAUCUGCCACCUGUCUAAUUCUUUCAGAUUUAUUUUUCAUCUGGAUGCACUGACUUUUUGCAUCAGCUAGCCAUGGGAGUGAGAAUCUGCGUCCAAUUGCAUGUCCCGUGAAAUUUGCAGACCGUGUCUAUGUUUGGGUGCAUGUGUCCAACACACACCUGCAGUUCCUAAAAGCAAAGGCAUUCAAGAUACUCCCCAGGGUUUCUGUGGGUAUCUGAGACAGCUGUAAAGGUUUUGUGUGUGCCUGCUUCCAGCCACCCUAAAAGAUAGGUCAGUAUUACAAAGAGGGGGCAGACUGAGGCUAAGAGAGGGUGGCUUGCCUAAAGCCAAGCUGAAUUAUGGCCAAGGUGAGAUUUGAGGGCUUCCCGCCUCACACUGUUAGCUACUUCGUUAUACCAGCUCCGAAUAGAGAGAGAAAAAUUCAGGCACUGUUUGCUCCAGUUAUAAAUCUUAGCACCAUCUGAACAGACUCUAUUCCCCACCCCACCCCCAAUUUUUAAAAUUCUGUACCCAGACAUUUGUGAUUACAAAGUGUCGGCCAAGCAUUGCUUUGUUUGGAAUGUAUUUCUCCACUCCGCUCCCCCUUACAGUUGGGUGCCAAAACUCACCCUGAAAACCCUAGGGACUGGUUUGCUGACAGCUUGAAAGCCUUGCUUGUGCUCAGUAGCUCAGGUCACUUCUGACACUUCUUGUAGAAACCAAACCUUUUCCACAUCCAUCAUUCAUUCCACAUUGCAAGUAAUUAGAAGCUGAAGAAGUCCAAAAUCUUUGAACCUAGGAAGCUACCAUAUACCAAGACAGGUCACUGACCAUCUCAGUGUCAUCUGACUGACAGCUUUGCAGGGUCUCAAGUGGGACGCUCCACCUUCAGAAUCUCACUGUGCAUAAACACCCCCAGGAUGGGCAGCUGACCUAUUUUUGGAAACUUGACAGAUUCUCCUUAGAGUCUUUUGUGGUUUGACAGGGAAUUUUCCCCACGGAAUAAAAUCUGUGGCCAUAGAUGUGGGCCCAUUUGGGUCCAUUUCAGUAACUGGGCUGAGUUUCCCACUCCCCACACAUGCACACACCUUCCCCCUUGCUCUAGGUUUGUCUGAGGUCCAGCAGACUGCUAUAUAAAGACUUUUUAAGAAUGCACAGCUUGGAAUAGUUCCAGAGUAAUCAUCAAGACUGAUUUAGAAGCGAUUACUUACAUUAGAGGUGAUACAUUUGUGAUUUUUACACUGUACUGCAGUCUCUAUAGUCUUCUGUGGAUCCUCAGCUUCUAAGGGCACACCCAGUCUGUCAGUACUACUUCUGUGCACAGCCUAUUAAAAUUAAUGGCGUUACAGUUGUUUGCACGGGUGAAAACCACAAGAAUUGUAAGUCAGCACAUUAAAAUCCAGAGCACACAAACAUUUCUCAGUAGAUGAGGGAAGGUUAUUGCUUGCUCAACAAUACAUUAUUAUUCAUGUUUGAAAUUCAUUACCACACCAUGUGAUUGCAGUUGUGGCUGGCACCCACUGGGACUAGUAGGGCAGAAGGCAGGGAAACCAACAGUAGUUGAAGCCAGAGCCAAUGACAGACAGAGCCUCCACCUUAUUGGUUAGAAGUAAGAAGGCAGGCAGGUAGGGGCAGGCUGAGCUUGGUGGGGCACUGCUCCAUUCGCCCUGAAAGGGCAGCCUCCAAUGUGAUGGCCAUGACUUUGGGAGUCUUUUUUAAAGGAUUAUACAAAUGCAUGGAGGGUUGGUCGCUCUAGCCAUUGUCGAUGGCCAUAACAGCAAAAUGGAAUCCUCCAUGGCGCAGAGUGGUAAGCGGCGGUAACGCAGCCGAAGCUCUGCUCACGGCCGGAGUUCGAUUCCAACGGAAGGAGGAGUCAAAUCUCCGGUAAAAGGGGUCGAGGUCCACUCAGCCUUCCAUCCAUCCGUGGUCGGUAAAAUGAGUACCCGGCAUACGCUGGGGGGUAAAGAAAGGCCGGGGAAGAAACUGGCAAUCCCACCCCAUAUAUACGGUCUGCCUAGUAAACGUCGCAAGACAUCACCCUAAGAGUCGGAAACUUCUCGCACUAUAAGUGCGGGGACACCUUUACCUUUAUUCCUAAGAACCGUAUGCUAAGAACACGCCAUGGGGGAAGCCUAUUGCCUUUAUGUCCUGCACAUCAGCUUCCCAGAGGCUGGCCACUGGUGGAGACAGAAUGCACCCCCCCAAAUAAAAAACAAUAGCGUGCACAUACAGUGGCCAGUCUGAUCCAACACACCAGUUCUUGUAUACACUUUGAUGCACAAACUGAAUACAGAAUUUUGAAGACUGCGUUUGGAGAGGUUGGAAUCUGUAUAACACAUGUGUAAGCCGGGUUCUUUCGCUCUGGUGCAGAGAUGGGAAGACUGUGACCUUUCCAGAAACUCCAGCUCCCAACAUCCCUGAGUAGGGAUGGAGGAGAAAUUUGAUUCGGUUUGGGGUUUCAUGCGAACUAACCUAAUUCGCACUUUCUGAAAGAACAGGCAAACCAAAACACAGCUAUCCUUUGAAAUCCCCGCUUCUCCAAAUUUGGUGAUGGGGUUCUCCAACUGAAUGUGUACAAAAAUGCAUAUAUGAUAGGAAAGUAUUUAUUUAUUGUUUAUGAUUGUUUAUUUAGGAUAUUUGUAAGCUGCUUUUCAUCCCCAGGUGACCUCAAAGCAGCUUCCAUAGCAAGAAAAAUACAAUAUCACAAAAAGAAUUCAGAACACAAUAAUAAAAAACCUUCAACAGUAUCAGUAAAUAACACCACAAAAUAUUAUAAAACAGGCUCAAAUUGCCAAUCUAGUAGGCAUAAAAAAUUAGGCAUAAGAAUGCAUAUAUUCAUGAAAAUAAUGUAUAAAAUUCAUUUUAUUGGAGGGAAACGCUUGCAAAAAUUUGCAUAUUUGGAGAAAUUUGCACUAAAAUACUGACAAAUGUUCUUAGAACUUUUUUUAAAUUGCAAACUAAUGCAGAAAUGGGGAGAAUUGGACUGAAGGCCCCAGGCCCCCCAUCUCUGCUCUCCAGGUCUAUUCCGAAGGAAGUCCCACUGAGUUCAAUGGGACUUAUUUUCAGAUAAGUAUGCACAGCAGAAGUGGAGGAACCUGUAGCCUUCCGGAUGUUAUGGGACUCCUAUCAUCCCUGACCAUUAGCCAUGUUGUCUGAUGGGAGUUGGGAGUCCCACAACGUCUGGAGAGCCACGGGUCCCCCAUCCUGACCCUGCAAUGGGCCUUUCCUCUGCCGUUGAUUGUUUCAGAAGUCCCCAGGUUAGCUUGGCUAUAUGAGCAAGUGCCUGUGAAAAGUCUUCUCUGGCUUCUCAGCUCAAUGCUGCCUCCCACUCACCCACCCACAUCUCCCACACUGCUGAGCAGCAAUGUGUCCCCAGGCCCUCAUCCUGACCAUUCAGUUGUGAAAAAAUGCUUUUGAUUAGCUUCCCGGCAAUCCUCGCCGGGAGAGUUCAUCCUUGUGACUGGCGGGCAAGGAGGAUCCUUACCAAGUGUCCAAAGUAAUUUUCCUGAGUAAUCUCUCCUAUCAUUCUAAAUGGGCCUCUGUAUCAGCCAUAAGACAGCCACACCAGCUGAAAUGGGGCCUCUGGGGGAGCCACUGAUCAUCAUUCGCCAGCCGUGCCACUCGGAUCUCCUUGUGUGGAAAUUAGAUUUUGGGCAACAGCAGCAAACAUCACUGAAGCUCCUGAAUUCUCUCAUACUAAAUUUAAAAAGCUCUGCAGUGUUAUGUUGCAUGGGGAAGUGUGAUUGCCCUGAAAGCUCUGGGCAGAUUUGAAAUCAGUUUUGGCAGAUGACUGAUUUAGUUCAGUUGCCUUCAGCUGAAUCAGGCUAGUAACCGGUCUAGCCCAGGACUGUCUUACUCCCAGAUAGCUUGUUAUCUGCCAAGCUAAAUCCACCCCAUCAGCCUUGCAGCUGCUUAAUGAUCCCUCCUAUUUUGCAUUCCCAGCCUGGAAGACAUCUUCCCCCCCCCUCCAAAAAAACGGUUUAUUGAGCAUUUGGUUUUAUCUGAAGGGUGACAGCUUUAGAGUUUUUUAUUUUUAUAUUUAUAUCCCACCUUUCCUCCAAGGAGUUCUAGGUGGCAUAUAUGUUUCUGCCCCCCUCCUCAUGUAAUCCCCACAACAACCCUGUGAUGUAGGUUAGACUGAGAGGCGGUGACUGGCCCAAGGUCACCCUGUGAGCUUUAUGGCUGAGUGGGGAUUUGAGCUCUGGUUUCCUAGGGCCCAGUCUGACACUCCAACCACUACACUGCACUUGCUUUCCAAAGCUCCAAAUAGGGGCUUCCCUGUGGCAGCUGCUACCCAAAUCCUUUUACCUGGAGAUGCAUGGGCUGGAGUCUGUGCUCUUCCACUGACCAGUGGCCCUUGAGAAAUGAGGGUAUAAUCAUAUGCAUGAGCAAUUGUCAGCUGACUACAUCAUUCAAAACAACUGGGCUGUUCAGCCACAUGACGGUGAGAAGAGAGGGUAAACGGUGGCCUGCCUUUUUCGGUAUUUUCAUAAUGGGACAAGGCCUGUCAUUUUUCCUAGGGCUAGUCCUUAUCUAGCCAAGACAGCACAUUCCAUACACAUGUGGGGGCUAUUGGCAGACUUUAAGGAGCCCCAGAGUUUGCAAUAGUACCAAAACAAAAUCACUGGGGGGGGGAAAUGUACCCCAAAAGAGCCCCAGGAGGAUGGAAAGGAAUGGAAUGGAAUGGAAUGGAGUAUUCUAGUAAAGGGCAUGCCUGGCUGGCUGGAAUAGGAGUACUCUAUACUGCAACAUUUUGUUGCAGGCCUAACCCCUUUUUAAAGGGUUUAUCUGGGCUGCAGUUGGGCACACAGAGGGGGUACCUGGCAGCUGGCUGCAUUCCACACCCCCAUCCCGUCUCUGUAGACCUGGGGCCCUGGGCAGAUUGCAAUUAUUAUUCCACUGGAUGGACUUGCUUUAUCCUGAGGAGACAGCAGUCUGGUGUACAAGUCCCUGAAAUUGUGGGAUGGGUUAUCGACUCAAGCAAACGCCGUAGAGCUGGUCUCAAAGAUGUGCGAAAAACCUGUGUGUCCAUCUGCGGCAUAUAAGCUCUACCCACUCAUCAUUUAUUCCCGUUGAUGAUACACAGGGCAUCACGCAAUAAAGGGGGUGGUGUGUGUGUGUUGAAUGUAUUUAUUGUGUCUCAGAGAAUUUGAUUUAUAAUGAGGUACCUCUGGGCUCGUCCAUACUGCAGACUUUAAUAAUAAUCCCAGGGAAUCCUGGGAAUUGUAGUUCCGCAAGAGGGGUCGCAGAAUCACGUAGUGCCCUCACCAGUAGUGGACAUCAGGGUUGUGGGGGACGAUUUUCACUUGAGCUCUGGUUGCCUACAUCACUGCUGCAUGCCAGGAUGGACGGGGGAGUGGCAAAUGUACCAGCAGAGGCAUCUGGUGUGCCCACUGGUGCAUUUGCAACCUCCCGACCCUGCCUUGCCCAUCCCCCUCUCCAUGCCAGUAUGCAGUGGUGACAUGGGCAGCCAGAGGUCAGGUGAGUGCUGCUGCCCUAAUCCGCUGUCCACCACUGACCCUUGCUAAACUACAGCUCCCAGGGUUUUUUGAGAGAAGCCGUGACAGUCAAUAAAAUGGUAUACCGCCAAUAUAAGUUUGUAGUCUAGAUCAGGCCUCAGAGUUGCCCUUUCUAUACUGUAUGUGAUCUUACUUGUGUACAUGUCCAGUGUCAUGUGGGGUGGGAGGGGGACCUGUUGAGGGAAGAAAAGGGGUGAGUCUCUGUCUGCUUUUGUUUUUUGUGGGGGUGGGGAAUCGGGAGUUAGAUGAUCAGAACAGCUUUUUUUUAAUUUGGUUGGUUUUUGUACUCAACACAAAUAUCAAAAUUAAAAUAAACAAUUCUUUAAAAUUAAAA